UUCGACGCGCUAUUUGAUGGUCGAUGUUUUCAGUUGUUUACCGUUAGUUGUUGUCUACAGUGCGAAAAAGCGGCCGUCACGCAUUCGGGAAACUGCUGAAGCAGCGUGCAACAGCAGCAGCAGCAGCAACAUAAAAAUACCACUAAUACCAAAGCAAAUUGAUACCACGGUCCACAUAUUUGAAGGAGUGCAACUGUUUUUUUUUUUUUUUAACACUUAUACGCCGCGUAGCACAUUGUGUACGCGCGCGUUCGCGUGUGUAGGUGUUUGUGUGACGGUGUGUCGGUGCGUGUGGCAACUUCAUUUUCUUGCAGCCAAUGUGAAGUUUUCGCUGUAUUUAUACUCGCGCGUCGUUGUAUCUCGGUAUCGGUUGCAAUUUGAUUGUCAAGCGUGAAAAAUUCUAUUAAGCAAAUAAUACGACGUGAAAAAAAGUGUCACGAAAAUGUGUGUUAAUAUUUUGAAAAGAAUUUUGUGUAAAGAGAAAAAUCCAGCUACGAUAAUGUGACACGCUUGCCUUUGUUAUUGUUGUUCUCCUUAAGUGACAGUUUAUGCAACAUUCUGCAUCUUCGAAGUCGUACAUUUCGGUUUUUUUCUCCUUUAAUUUUCACUUUCACUCUCUACUGUUGCUGUGCCUACGCCUAUCGUAUACUCCUCCAGCGGCUCUGGGGACGUCUGAAACGCGCGCGCAAGUUUUAUUCCCUUAAUACCUAACGAUAACUUUGUCGCUUUGUUCUUGUUUUCAAUUAAACAAACGUACAUGUGUGCAUAACGGUGUUGUUAAUACCAAACAAUUCUGAAUAUAUGAUAUCCAGUCUGUGACCAAUUUUCCGUGACACAAUACUGUGAAUUAGUUGCGCUCUACAAAUGACUGAAAAUUCUUAAAUAUAGAGAAAAAAUUGGCAUAUUUAAUUGAUGAUUGCAUUCGUCCCUGAAACUAAGUGCCAAAGUCCCAAACAACCAUCAGCGAAUCAACAAUGCCAACAUUAGACAACUAACUGACAAACCAAUAAUUCAGCAAUAAACCAAUUGCAACCAGUUAGCCGAUUGACAAGCGACGGCAGGUAGCCAUCGAAGAGCGACGCAGCGGCCUACCAAAAACGAAUACAUACAAACAAACACACCUACGUACAUAGCAACAAUUGUGUUGCGCCGUUACUGUCACCAGAGAAUAAUAUAGAGAAUCUGUCUUAUUUAUUGGAAAUUAAAUGCAAUUGCGAAAAAGCGCAGAAAUCACAUCAAACGCCGUCAAGUGUUGAUUUUUAUUCAAUUAUUCUUUAAUAAAAAAUUGCAAAUAUACAUACGCUACUGAAAAAAAAAACAACAAAACAAAAACAGAAGUGGCAAUAAAUUAAUAAUUUUAAAGACAGCUGUGUGGAGAAGAGUACAUUUGUGUGUAUGUGUGAAGGUAAAGAAAAAUAAAUGAAAAAAAUAAUUAAAAUAUUGAAUUUUGAAGACAAAAGUAUUUGAAUUUUGAAGAAAAAAAAUGUUUGAAUUUGAAAGAAAUAAAUAUUGAAAUUUGAAAGAAAUUAUGCUUCAAAAAUAAUUUUUUAUUCAAAAACGAUAAUAAAAUAUAUUUAUAAAAAAAUAAUUCUCCAAAAAUUAAAAAUAAAAAAAUAUAUAUAUUAUUUCAAGAAUUAAAAAAAAAUUUAUAUAUUAAAGAAUUAAAAAAAAAUAUAUAUUUUUUCAUUAAAAAAAAACAUUUUUUUUCUCAAAAAUUAAAAAAAAAUAAUAAUUUUUAUGCUCUGAAAGCGAAAAAAUAAAUAUAAAAUUUAAAAUAUAUUCGCAUAUACAUAUUUAAAUGCUAAUUAUGUACAAAUUUUUGAGAUAAAAAUACAAAUACAAUAAAAUUUAAUGAAAAUACUGAAGUUCCCUUGAGAAUUGCAUACUCAAUUACAAAACAAAAAUUAAAAAUUCAUACCAAAUGUAAAGUGCAUAAAUUAUUUUAACAGUACAAAAACAAGUACAAUGUGAAUCAGCACAGGUGUACGCAAUAUAAAUCAUAAAAACCAAUAAGUGUUUAUCAAACAUAAAGUCAACAUAUGCAUAUUAAUUGCACAAUAACAUUUAGUGGCCGCAAUAAAGGGGAAUAUCAAACAGACAGCGCUGCAAAAAUUAACUAAUUAAAAGUAUAAUAAUUCAUAAACUUAAAAGAUAUAAAUAAACAUUGCAACGCUAAUUGAGUUAACGCGCUCCGGAAGAAAACAAUGGCGAUACCGGGACACCCACUGCUCUGUGCAGUAACGCCAACAGUCUCAACUGUAACACUGACGCCGCUGUCGGCGUUAACAGCGACUGCAGUGACAACAUAAAAGCAGUCACUGUUAAUGAAUUAUAACUAACAAUCGUCGCUGUAACAGCAGCAGUAAAAACAACAGUACUGUAAGAGUAACAGCCGAAGCAGUUAACAUUAAACAACAGUCGGCGUUGCAGUGGCGGCGCAGUAACUGCGAAAUGUAUGUAAGCAGCACGCGAACACAUCUAACCAACGCAGCUGAGCGUCAACGCUCAUUCGAGCACAACGAAAAGCGCAGAGUUUGUGAGUAAAGCAGCUUUGUUUAUUAUAAACAUACACGCACACAUCCUACAUUGCUACUGACAUAACGUCAACGGAGUCGCGUGCGCUGCAAAACGUGCAAUGAAGCGGCGUGCGUGAGCAGCAAAGCUUUAGACGAACCUUUGAUUACCAGGUUGCCAACACAUAGCGUGUGAGUCCCCCCUGUGGACCCCCCUUAUGUGCACCACACACUUUCGGUCCACUACAAGCCGAACUUAAAGCGUCGCCGGUCACCACUAAGCUCAAAGCACGGCGAUCGUGAAUAAUAAACUGUUUUAUUUGCUGGCUUCAUUCGUGUCUCAGCCGCGAAGCGUUGCAGACGACGUUAGAGCGAACGAACGACGCUUAAAGCUGCAACUUACAACGUCGCAUACAUAACCAAAAGUGUGUAUUUUUUGUUGUUGUUGUUGUAUAUCAACGCGUGUUGUACGUCCCAUUGGUCGUUAGCGGGUAGCGUGCGGCAAUAUUGCGGUGGUAAAGGUGCAACGGUGCUUGCAUAAAAUAAAAAAACGAAACAACACAGUUGGCUGGCAAAAACGCAGAAAGCGGAAUAGAAUAAGUGAAGUGGCGUGGAAUAAAUGCGAAAGAGGAAUGCGUUAAUACGCUUUGCUUGCCUGUUGAUAUUUGAUCGGUCAGUUGCUUUGACUCGCUACUAAAGGUAUUGCAUGUGCAGCGAUCAUCGGUAGCAGCUGUUGUUGCGAGUUGAAUCGUAAAAAACACACGUUGAUUAGAAAAAUAUUUGCAAAAGCUGAAAAAUAUUCAAAAAUAAAACGGCAGUCUACUUGUUAUUGUUGUUUUUAAUUUUGGAAAAAAAAAUAUUUGUGCCUUUUGAAAUUCAAGCAAAAAUAAUUAAAUAAAUAAAAUUAGCUAAAUAAAAUAUAUAAAUAAAUAAAUAAAUUAUAUAAAAAAAUAAAUAAAAUAUAUAAAAAGGUGUAUCUGAGUAAAUAGUAUCCUAUAAAUAAAUUAAAAAAGGAAAGAGUUUAUGCUAAAAAUAUAAAACUGCAAAGCCAUAUUUAAAACGGUAAAAGCAGCGAAACAAGUUAUAAGUACGUUGUGGUGCGAAAAUAAUAAAUUCCAAUAAAACAAAUGCCAACGAAGGAAACAAGCCUGUUAAAAUAUGAAAAAAAUAUGGUUGAAUAAAAAUUGUGAACACAAAAUAAAAAUAAAAGAACUGAAAAAAUAAAAUAAAAUUUAAUUGAUGUAAAAGUUAAGCAAAAGGUUUUGGUGAAGAUUCUCCAAAUAUCAGAUAGUUAAAAACUAUUCAAAGAAAUAAUAAUUUAAAAGUAAAAAUAAUAAUUUAAAAAUAUAAUAAAAAAUACGGAAUAAUAAUAAAAAAAAUAUAACUAAUAAAAAUACGGAAAAAAUAAAAAAAAAUAUAACUAAUAAAAAAUAAUAAAAAUUAAAUAUUUUUUUAAUAAUUAAACAAGUUACAAAUAAAAACUUUAAACAAAUAAAAACUCAUUAUAAUAAAAAAUAUAAAACAAUCAAAUAAAAAAAUUAUAAGAAACAUUUUUUUGAAAAUUAAAAAAUAAUCAUCAUUAAAAUAAUACAAAAGUUUCAAAAUAAUAAAAAAAAGUCAUCAAAAUAAUAAGUAAAUUUUAAUAAAACAUCAAACAAAAUUGUGAAAUAAGUGAAAUAAUUUAAAAGAAUACUUAUCUAUUGCCUAAAUUUUAUAAAAAUAAUUCUAAAAGUGGAAACGGCAACCAUAAAAAUUUACUGGUCAACAAGAAGAUCAUUUUGAAAAUCCGAGUUUGAUAAAAAGAUAACACACUCAAAAUCAAGAAGUCUAAAUUAUAAAUAAAAAAAAAGAAAUACUAACUGUGAAGAAGAAAAAUAAUAAUUAAAAUAAUAAAAAAUUUAUAUUCUUAAUGAAAUUACGUUUUACAAAAUCAUAUUGGAGUACAGAGAAUAAAAAAUAUUGAGUGGAAAUUAAGAAAAAAAUUUUGUAAAAAUUAAAAAAAAAAAAAAAAUUUUUUUAACAAAUAUUUCAAUAUUCUAAAAAGAUUUUUAUAACAAACAACAAUUAAAUAAAGUUCCAAAAUAUAUAAAAAAAUUAAAAUUACUGUUUGAAAAAAUAAUAUUAUUGAGUUAAGAUUAAACAAAAAUUUUUUAAUAAAUUAUUUUCACUUAUGAGCAAAAUGCGCAUACUCCCAACUCGACCAUAAAUACAAACCACUCAAUUACAAACGCUUUAAACCGAUUCUUGCGAGUGUCUGCCUCUUCCAUUGAUUUUUUCCGCUAACAAAACACAACGGUUAAGGGCGUGCUUAUCAAUUACACAACCAUAGUGCUGCACCUAAAGUCGUUGCGCUACACCAUCUUCUCUUCCUUUCUUCCUCCCCCGUCGUUUACUGUCUUCUUUGACCACUACUUCUUUGUGUUGUCGCCUGAUCGCCGCCAUUUGGCAUACAGUUAUCGCGUUGCAACAAAAAACAAUGUGCAGCCGGAAAUGUUUUCGCGUACACACACUGGUCAUACUCGGCGUCAUACUCACCAUUGUGCUCGUCUGCAUUGUCGGCAUAACGCUGACGAACAGCAUCAACAUUUCGAAUAUCAUCAAAUUGCGGGAGAAGGUCGCCAGCGAUUCGGCUGCGGCGACCGGUGCGAAUGCCGUGCAAACACGUGCCGCACUCGUCGAACAACAAUACUCUACACUGCAACAACAUCAUUUGUCGCGUAGCGAUUUAAAUUACAUAGCGGCAACACAUCCCAAGAAUUUGCAACGUUUUGCCGGCAGUCAUGGGGCCAGCGGAGGCGGCAGUGGUGGUGCAGUUGGUGAUCACGCAAAUGUUGGUGCGGCGGCGCAAAAUAAAAUUGUCAUCGAAAUUGGCAUACGAAAUUUUUCCACUGCGCUCUCCAACGCCAGCCAUAUGGAGACGGCGGCACAAAAGCAGCUGUCAUCUUCUGCCGCUGUUGAGGCGCUGAUCGAUAAACUCAUCGAACCCAUAACUAGCGCCAUUGUUGACGGUAACAUUGACUCGAUUUCGGUGCCUGCCACGGCUACGGGUCGCCAAUUGAAUGAGUCACUGUCCCAGUUGGUCAAUGCGCAGGAGACUCGUUUGCGCGCUCAAAAUGAAACAAAGCUGCUUCAAGCAACAGCAACAACAACAACGCCUACUAUGGAUGCGUCACAGUUUACCACAACGUUGGAGCCAAUGCUGUCGCCGCAACCGAACGAUCGUCUGGGCAUUGCCGAUCAUAAUCCAGGUCAGAUUGACUUUGCGAAGCGCGAGCAUGUUAAGCAGAUGAUGCUACAUGCCUGGGACAACUACAAGCUCUACGCUUGGGGCAAGAACGAAUUACGACCGCUCAGUCAACGUCCACAUUCGGGCAGUAUUUUUGGCAUCUACGAUCUGGGCGCCACCAUAGUCGAUGGUCUGGAUACACUUUAUCUAAUGGGUUUGGAGAAGGAGUACCAAGAGGGACGCGAUUGGAUUGAACGAAAGUUUUCGCUGGACAACGUUAGCGCCGACUUGUCUGUAUUCGAAACGAAUAUACGCUUUGUGGGUGGCUUGUUGACACUCUACGCUUUUACCGGUGAUAUUUUAUAUAAGGAGAAAGCACAAAACAUCGCUGACAAGCUGUUGCCCGCCUUUCAGACGCCCACCGGUAUACCAUAUGCGUUGGUAAACACACGCACCGGUGCGAGUAGAAAUUACGGCUGGGCUUCAGGUGGCAGCUCGAUUUUAUCCGAAGCUGGUACAUUGCAUUGUGAAUUCGUAUAUCUGAGUGAUAUAACGGGAAAUCCCUUGUAUAAAGAGCGUGUACAAACUAUACGACAAGUUUUGAAGGAGAUUGAAAAGCCGAAGGGUCUUUAUCCGAAUUUCAUAAACCCCAAGACGGGCAAGUGGGGACAAAUGCACAUGUCGCUGGGCGCUUUGGGCGACAGUUUCUAUGAGUACCUGCUAAAGGCUUGGCUACAGUCAGGUCAAGUAGACGAGGAGGCACGGGAAAUGUUCGACGAAGCUAUGGUGGCGAUUAAUGAGCACAUGAUACGCACAAGUUCGGGUGGUUUAACUUAUGUCUCAGAUUUGAAGUUCGAUCAUUUGGAACAUAAAAUGGAUCACUUGGCUUGCUUUGCGGGUGGUCUCUAUGCCUUAGCUGCCAGCACGCGACAAAACCAAUAUGCCAAUAAAUUUAUGGAAAUUGGUAAGGGUCUGACAAAUACCUGCCACGAGAGCUACACAAGAACGCCAACCAAAUUGGGACCUGAAGCUUUUCGCUUCAGCGAUGCCGCCGAAGCGCGUGCCUUGAAAUCACAAGAGAAAUACUAUAUACUGCGACCAGAAACGAUUGAGAGUUACUUUGUGUUAUGGCGUCUGACGCACGACCAAAAAUACCGCGACUGGGGUUGGGAGGCUGUGCAAGCGCUCGAGACCUACUGCCGUACAAUGCACGGUUACAGUGGUAUUAAGAAUGUCUAUCAGGAGAACCCGCAGAAGGACGACGUGCAGCAGAGCUUCUUCUUGGCGGAAACACUUAAGUACUUGUAUCUGCUCUUCUCCGAUGACUCGCUGCUACCACUGGACGAGUGGAUAUUCAACACGGAGGCGCAUCCAUUGCCCAUACGUGGCGCGAAUGCAUUCUACCGCGCGGCACCACCUGCCCAGACGCAAGCAGCAGAUGAGAACCGUUAAAACUUGACUCGAAAAUAUUGAAAAUUUCACUGACUAUAUGUUGAGUCUGCCGAGUGUCUUUGACAAAAUUGCAGUUAUUUGUAAUUAGUGUUUUUAUAAUUACCAAUUUUUUUCGUUUGACAAAUAGUUACUUUUAUUAUGCUUUUUAGACACACAUUGAAAUGUAAUUUAGCAUAAUUAUUAAUAAUAAUUAUUAUUUAUAAAGAAGUUGGAAUUUCAACGUAUAAAGAUUUCUCAGCGAUUGUUCUAAUGAGUUUUUUUUUUAUUUUGUUUUUAUAUUUUUGUUUUUUCGUAAAAAUAGUAUGCUUGUACAUAUGUACAUAUAUUGUACUUGUAAACUGACAUUUGCUAAUUUUCUCCGCUUAAUUUUGUACAGUUAUAUUAUAUAAGUUAUAUGUAAUAGUUAUUAUUGUAGCACUUAAUUAUAUAACAAAUUUUUAUUACACAAGAAAUUUUCUAAAUUCAAAAUUGCAUUUCUUACACACUGACGAGAAAAGACUUCACCUAAAUAAAACAAAACUUUAGUUAAUAACACAUGCAUGUAUGUAUAAUUAUUUUCAUCAAUUCAGACAUUUUUUUCUUUACACACUUAUAUAUUUAAACUGUGAAAAUGCCAAUAUAGAAACUAUUGUACGAAAUGAAGAUAGCCAGAAACUCCUGUAUUUACUUAUGAAGCUUUGUAACAGUAAUUGUAAACGCAUGCAGAAGCGGUGUAGUUAUAUACAAAAUAAACUUGAACUAAUAUUUAAUACAAAAUGAGUUAAAAACAAAAACGGCAACAAUACUUUUUUUUGUUGCAUAGAAUAAUAUUUGGAAACUGAUACAAUCACGAUAUUUUUGGCUUUCUGUUUUUAUUUGCAGUUCUCCAAAAGCUUGAAAAACUAUUUUCUUGUCGGCAAAAACGUGUUUUCUAAUAUUAAUUACUAUAUAUUUCAAUUUUUCUUACGUAAAAUGACUUUUUAAACAGAUGUUCCAAAUUAUCACUUUAUUUUGUGAUACUUUGUCCAUUUUGGAAAAAGUUUUAGUUUUAUACUAAUACAAAUUAAACACAAUAAAUUUUUCUUAAAAAGUUUUCCAAAAGGCUUUAUUUUUUCUUAUUUUUUGAAAAAAAAAGCUGAUAAAAAAAUUUCAUAAAAUAUUUUUCAAAGGCUAGAUUAUCGAUUAUUUUUAAAUUUUCUUAUUUUAAAAAUAUACAAAUUUUUUUUGGACUAAUUUAUAUAAUUUCUUACUGCAGUAACAUAUUAAAUUUAUUUUAGUUGUUGAAAAAUGCAUACACAGAUUUUCUUCAAAUAAAUAAAAAUAUUUUUAAGCAAUUUUUAAUAUAAAAAUUUUUGCAACAUGAGAAAUAAAAUUUCCUAGAUAACUAACUUGUGGUUAUUUAUUGCCGAGUCUCAUAUCACAUAAUACUCAAAUUUUGGAAAAAAUUUAUUUACAAAUUUUAAGUAAAUUAAACAUUUUACAGUGGGAUAUUGUCGGUCAAAAUAUAUAAACAAAAUGUUUUUAAUUUUUUUAACUAAUUUCAACACCAUUUAUUUAAAUUCUUUGUGUUUUUAAAAAACAAAAUUUUUAGAAAAAUUAUUUCAAAUGUGUUUAGCCUUUUUAACUAAUUUCAAAAUCCAUAAUUUAUUUUAAUUUCAAACCUUUAAUGUUAAAAAAAAUAAAAUUUUUCGAAAUUAUAUAUAAAAAAAAUGUUUUUAACUAAUUGCAAAAUAUUUAAUAUAUUUUAAUUUAAAUUUUUUGGUUUUGGAAAACAAUAUUUUUUGAUGAUUUGGACAGUGGUAUUGCAAUAAUAUACGCAAUUAUUUUGAACAAGUUUAAAAAUACAUAUUUUAUCUGCUUUAAGCAUGCAUAGUGUCGAAUUCGAGUUGAAAAAAUAUACACUGCACAUUUUUCUAAUAACACUAGAAUAAAUAUUCUCUAUGUAAAAUGUUCAGAAUAUUAUAUCUCGCAGCCAUUUUCAAAAUUAAUUCUGUAUUUUUUUAACUUUCACUUUCCCAAUAACUAUAAUUAUUGCAAAACAAUAACCAUAAGAAAGAUAUAUGAAGCACGUACUUAAAAUAUUCUUACUGUUUUUAAAUUAAAGAAAUGGUUUUUAUUUCGAAGGCAUUUUUUAUUUUCCUCUAAAAAUUUUCUUGAGAGAAUGUUGACAGGUUUGCAAAAUUAUGGAAAUAAUAUAACAAACGGAUAAUUUAAUAUAAUAUUGGUAAAAAAGACAAAGAGUUUUGAAAAACAUCAUAUUUUUGCAUUAGCUCAGAUCAAAUUUUUCGGUAAAACAAUUUUGUUUUUAAACAAUAGGAAUAACAUUAACAUAGCCAAACAUUUUUUUUAAUGGAAUGAAAUUUUUUUCUUAACGCUAUAUCAAAAAAAAUUUUUUUUUUCAAAAUUUGUUUAUAUAUUUUGUGAAAAAAAUUUUGUUGUAAUUUUGUUAAAAAAAUUUGUUUUGCCUAUUUUUAAUUAAAAGAUUUAAAUCUUUGAAUUUUUUUUAUAAUUUUCAAUUUAAAUUUUGUUUUUAUACUGAAAUAAUUUGAAGAAUUAUUAUGAAAUUUUUUUUUUACCGAAAUAAGUUUUUGUUGUCACAUUAAAAUAUAUUUUCUCAGUACAUACUACCCACUCGCACUCUUAUUAGUAUUCUUUCUUUUGCACUUUACUUUAACACUGCAUUACAAAACGAAAUUAUAUAAAACAUAAUUAAAGAAUGCCAACAAAUGAAGAAAGAAAGCGAAUUUUCAAGCAGAGUAAAAAAAAAAAAAUUUUUUAAUUCAACGGCAGUUCUCCAACAACACAGAACGCAUUUGUCUUUUGUAUAAUAGUGCUUAAAGAGUUACUUUUUGCAACUAACGGUAUUAAUACGAAAUGUACAAUGUCUUAUAUGAAUGUAUGUAUUGUAGCAUAACUUCUAACUUUGCUGUUUUUAGUUUAAAAACUAGUUACAAAUUAGAACACAACAAACAAACAAAAAAA